AUGCCUAAAUCCAAUCAAGAAGUAGAGAGUCAGAUUCUCAAAGCUCUCGAAUCCCUCUCUGAGCAAACAAAACCCAAUAUCGCGAAAACUGCCCGAGAAUUCGCGGUACCUGAGAGCCGCCUCCGUGGACGCUGGAAAGGGAGAAAGUCGCUAUUUGCACGACAACCCAAUGGACGGAGGCUUAAUUCUGCACAAGAGAAGGCUUUAUGCGAGUAUAUUGAUUACUUUGAUGAGGUCGGGGCCUCAAUAAAUCGCAGGCAAAUUGCGAUCGCAGCCAAUUCUAUCCUCGAGGAAGCCCACCAGGACGCAUCGACACCACCACCACAAAUCGGAGACCACUGGCUACGGCGCUUCCUUAAACGUAAUCCCCAGUACCAUGUGCGACGCCGGCGAGCCCUUGAUGUUGAGAGAGCUACUGCACUUGAUAAAUCCGUGGUUGACAGAUGGUUUAAAGACUACGAGCGCGUCGUGACUGAGAACGGGAUAUGUCAGCAAGACAUCUACAAUUUUGGUGAAACUGGCUUCCAAAUUGGUGUCGAUCGCGAUCAAUUUAUCAUCACAAGGGAACCUAAAAAGAAGCUGUUCAACGGAUCUAUCACGGAUCGCGAAUCUGUCACGGUGUUAGAGGCUGUUUCUGCUGAUGGUUUUACCUGCCCGCCACUCACCAUUCUAAGUGCAAAACAGGCUUUAUUACGCUGGUUUGAUGCCAUCCAAGAAGAUGACCACAUAGCCGUGACUGAUACUGGCUAUAUCGAUGAUACAGUCGCAUAUCAGUGGAUUCAGCUGUUCCACAAGUGGACAAUUGGUCGUACACUCGGUUCGAAAAGGCUUGUCAUAUGCGAUCGUUUUGAGUCGCAUUCAACGCGUCAAGUUGUCCAAUUCUGUGAGGAGAAGAAUAUCAUACUCUUCUCCUUACUCUCUCAUGCUAGCUAUAUACUACAGCCUCUCGACGUCGGCGUGUUUAGCGUCUUUAAGCACAGGCACAGUAAGGCCGUAGAGGCCGCGACAGUGUCGGGAUGUCGCAAAUUCUCGAAGGACGAAUUUCUCCACUCCAUUGGAGAGAUCAGACGAAAGACCUUCCGGCCGCAUACAAUUAAGCUUGGAUUCAGAUUGACUGGUCUCUGGCCUAUCAAUUCCAAGCUUAUCACGGAUGAAUUGGAGUCUUACGACGCAUAUUCUGAGUACCGGCCCCGCGAUACUACGCCCUCAGACACCUCACAAAACACUGAGUUAAGCACCCCAAAAACCGCUGAAGAAGUGAGAAGGCUUAGUUGCCGUCUUAAUCAAUAUACCCCUGAUAGUCAGCGGUUCAAAGACGCACUCGCAAAGCUUGCAAAAGGUGCCGAAGAACGCGCUACAUUAGUUACCCAGCUGCAGAGGGCCCUCGAUGGAACACAAGCUAUCAGGGGUGCGCACGGCGCCCGGUAUGAUGCUUCUCGUCGUCAUGUGCGAAUCACUGGUACAACCAAGUCAUCCCGGGCGAAAGAGAUGAAGCGAAAAGUGUAUAAAUUGAGUGAAAAGGCUGACCAAGAAAAAAGGAAGCGGAAGUGGAAGAAGGUGCUGACCGAGAUCAGGAAGCAUGGACGAGCCAAGAAACGCAGGGCAAAUUGA